AUGAGUCAAAAUAAAAAAGAAACCAGUCGUUCAACUCGACAAGAAGCAACAACGGCUCAAAGCUCCGGAUCAAAGAAUGCUGGAAAUAAAACUAAAGCUUUACCAUUAAGUUCUCGCAGGAUACUCAAAGAAUUGGCUGAUAUUAGCAGCGAUCCUCCACCUAAUUGCAGCGCUGGACCAAAGGACGACAACAUCUAUGAAUGGCUAUGCACUCUGCUAGGGCCUGCUGGAUCUGUUUACGAAGGUGGAAUAUUCCUGCUCGAUCUACACUUUACCAACGACUAUCCGUUUAAACCACCAAAGAUUACCUUUCGCACCAGAAUCUACCACUGUAAUAUUAACUCUCAGGGUAUGAUUUGCCUAGACAUUCUGAAAGAAAACUGGAGCCCUGCAUUCACUAUAUCGAAAGUACUUCUUUCUAUUAGCGCUUUAUUGUCGAACUGUAAUCCAAAGGACCCUUUGGUAGGAUCGAUUGCUACUCAGUAUCUCAAUGAACGACAAGAGCAUGAUAAAAUUGCCUUGGAGUGGACGAAAAAAUACGCAAAGUAA